AUGGUGGGGCGCAUGUGGGAACUGGCCAGCGUCAACACCAUCAUCGCUGCGGGCCCCGCCUCAGAAACGACACCGCCCCGACAACACCCCCCGCCGCCGCAGCGAGCCCCGGAGUUGGACUCGUGUGACACUCCCGAACCCGUCUUUCCUCCUCUACACAACAAUGCCGGUACAGAUGCAGAUUCCAUUACAUCCGGUGUUUCGGCCACUCCCCGCGCCGGUACCGCUACGGGCGCCGGCGUAGGUGACGACAAUGAUGAAGACGAACCCGCUGUUGCCCGGCCUUUCCUGCGUACCUCGAGCCCCGACCCAGCCUCGCGGCCAGGCUUGUCCGAGACUGUCGAAGAUGAAGACGAUGAAGGGCGUGUUGGGGCCACCGGCGAUGACGCAGGCCCGCGUCCAAGGCCGAAUCACAAGAUGCACAGGUUCAGUUUGUACGAAACGGCCAGCCGCUUCUAUAUCGUCGGCGGCGACGUGACCGAGAAACGAUACCGCAUACUCAAAGUCGACCGCACCAACGACGGCGACGACGCCCCGGAGCUGAGCAUCACCGACGACAAGACCGUCUAUACCCAGAAGGACAUGAACCAGCUCCUCGAUACUAUAGACGACGGCAAUAAGGGGACGGGCGGGCUAAAGCUGCGGUGCACCACCUGGGGCAUCCUGGGCUUUAUCAAGUUCACAGGCCCCUAUUACAUGUUGUUGAUCACCAAGAAGAGCACCGUCGCCAUGAUCGGAGGCCACUACGUCUACCAGAUUGACGACACCGACCUCAUCCCCCUAACGUCGCCCAACUACAAAGCAGACCAACGCAACACCGAAGAGUCACGCUUCUUAGGCAUCCUCAACCAUCUCGAUUUGGCCCGGUCCUUCUACUACAGCUACUCCUACGAUAUCACUCGCAGCCUACAGCACAACAUAUCUAGGGAGAGAGCCGCCAUGACCAACGGCCGCCCUUGCUCUUCUGACGAUGACUUCAACCCCAUGUUUGUCUGGAACGACCACCUGCUUCGGCCGGCCGCUAAGGUCCUCAACGCGCCCUUCGACUGGUGCCGCCCGAUUAUACAUGGUUACAUUGACCAGUCCGCCGUGUCCGUCUACGGGAGGACCGCCCACAUAGCAAUUAUCGCCCGCCGCAGCCGUUAUUUCGCUGGCGCUAGGUUUUUGAAGAGGGGCGCUAAUGACCUGGGAUACGUGGCGAACGACGUCGAGACGGAGCAGAUUGUGUCCGAGGCCAUGACCACCUCGUUUCAUGCGCCGGGUCCCAAGUUCUUUGCCAACCCUACAUACACCUCAUAUGUACAACAUCGCGGUUCCAUCCCCCUUUAUUGGACGCAGGAUAACACGGGUGUCACCCCCAAACCGCCGAUAGAGCUGAACCUGGUAGAUCCCUUUUACACGGCAGCAGCACUACAUUUUGACAACCUCUUUGAGCGGUACGGCGCGCCCAUCUACGUUCUGAACCUGAUCAAGGCUCGCGAGCGGACGCCGCGCGAGAGCAAGCUCCUGGAAGAAUACACCCGCGCCAUUGCAUACCUCAACCAGUUCCUACCAGCCGACAAGAAAAUCAUCCAUCGGGCCUGGGACAUGUCGCGCGCUGCCAAGAGCCGCGACCAGGACGUGAUCGGUACGCUUGAGAGCAUUGCCGAGGAGGUCGUGAGCACCACGGGCUUUUUCCAAAACGGCGAUGGCCACGUCUCCCCGAUCCGCGCCCAGAACGGCGUGGCCCGUACAAACUGUAUCGAUUGCCUGGACCGCACAAACGCCGCCCAAUUUGUCAUCGGGAAGCGGGCGCUGGGCCACCAACUCCACGCACUGGGUAUUCUGGGGGACACCACGGUAGAAUACGACACCGACGCCGUCAACCUGUUCACACAUAUGUACCACGAUCAUGGGGAUACCAUUGCCGUGCAGUACGGCGGGUCGCAGCUGGUCAACACCAUGGAGACCUACCGCAAGAUCAACCAGUGGACUAGCCACUCGCGUGACAUGAUCGAGAGCUUCAAGCGAUACUACCACAACUCUUUCCUGGACGGUCAGCGCCAAGAAGCCUACAAUCUGUUUCUGGGCAACUACAUCUUCGCCCAGGGGCAGCCCAUGCUAUGGGAUCUGGCUACGGACUACUACCUUCAUCACGAGGAUCCCCGGACAUGGCUGGAAAAGCGGAAGCGUGACUACAUUCGCUGGUACACCCCGGAGUUUCUAAAGGAACGCACACUUGCCCCGUACCCGCCCUUUCCACCCGCCGCGGACAGCAAGCCGAUCUCUGGCUAUGAUGACUACUGGUUGGAAUAUUACCGCCCGUCCACCCUCUCCUCCUUCCCCAAGAUGUUUCCGUACAAAAUGAAUUCGACCAUCAAAUACAUCCCAUUCAAGUCCACCCAGGACGGUCGGUACGACCUCAGCCCAUUCCGCGUGCGCAACGACGCCGACGGCGACGCCCAUGAUAAGAAGAAGGCAAAGAAAGAAGUAACCAUCGUCGCCCCCAACGACCUAGCUCGCAUGGCCGACGACACCGAGACAUCAUCCGUGAGCGAGAAACCCGCAAGCCCAACCCAGAGCGCUGCCAGCGCCGCUGCGAACGGCCGCGUGUCGCUUCACCGCUGGCUGCACGAGAAAAACACACCCAGCGAGACCCAGUCCCACCACCAUCACCAUCAUCACCAACGCCGCCAAAGCACGAACUCCCACAGCCGCAACACUAGCAUCGAGGAAACGCACAAUAACAACCACAAUCAUCACCACCAGCACCACCAGCACCAGUCCACUCACACCCGCACUCCGUCUAGAGACCAGGACCAGGAGAAAAAGAAACCGCACCAGACCGCACUCGAGAAGUCCCGCGCCGCCCAGCAGACCUUUACCCAGGUGGUGCGCGACUCGCUCGACCCGGCCGUCAGCGCCGCCGAGGCCGACGACUACGCGCGGUACGUUGCCCAUCCACAAAGCCUCCCCCUGGUCGUCUCGUCGUCCACGGGGGCGGGGGCCGGGGUCGAUGGGAAUCAUAGUAGUGGCGGUGGCGGUAGCUUCACGAACGGCAGCAGCAACCACAACAAUAAUAGUAAUAAUAUAUUCUUGCUGCCUGUGGACGAGAUCGAGCCCGAGUAUCUCGCCUUCAUAAACGGCAAGUGGAGGGACGAAGGGCUCGGGCAGGAGGUGGAUUUCGGGAGGGUCGUUCGGGGCAAGGACGGAAGGAGUCGCGGCAGUGAGAAUGGGGACCGGGAAUACGAGGGCCGGGGAGAGGAUGAUGGGGAUGGGGGGGAGGAGGAAGAUGACAGAGCGCUGUAUGCCGAGACGGUGCGGGUCGCGGAGAACCCGCUGACCGUCACGGAGGAGGACGCGCUCAAGAAGAGGUACAAGGCCUAUCGGAAGUGGCUGCGCGGGAAGAGCUUGUUUAAGCAGCAGCCGGUGGACUAG